AGCACAGGCGAUUAUUCGUCCUUGUUGAUCUAGAGUCAAGAAAAUCUGUGGAGGCUUUGUUUUUUUUACCUACAUUUUGAAGUAGCAAUAAUCAAAGAAAAAUAAGAAUCGUCUCAUGACAAAUUGAGAAAAUGAUGAAUCUGAUACGACCACGAUUGGUAACGUUCGAUGUGACGGGGACGUUGCUCAUGACAGCGUUGGAAGUGCAUUACACAGAAAUUGGUUCGUUGCAUGGUAUCUCGAUGGACUCCAAAAAAUUGGUGACAAGUUUUAAGAAUAACUUUCACAAACUGGCUCAAGACCAUCCAAUUUUUGGAAAGACUACCGGGCUGGGAUGGCAAAACUGGUGGAGAACCAUAGUAUACAAUGUCUUUAGAGAUCAGGACAAGAACAGCAGUGAGAAAACACUCGACAAAGUAGCCGAUCACCUCAUAGAAUGCUACGGUACCAAAAAAUGCUGGCACAAGUAUCCCGACACCUUGAAAAUACUCAAUUAUUUGAAGAAACAAGACGUCGUACUCGGCGUUAUAUCCAACUUUGAUUCUCGACUGGAAUCUGUACUUGUUAGCACCGAGUUACGCCCUUAUUUCUCCUUUGUUCUCACCUCCUACGACUUUGGAUCCGAAAAGCCAGAUCCAACUAUAUUCGAGGAGGCUCUAAGAAGGUCAAAACCUUAUUCCAACACUUCUAUACAGCCUCACGAAGCUCUGCACAUCGGCGAUACCUACGACAGGGAUUAUCUCGGAGCUAAAAAUGCAAAUUGGAACGCUAUAUUGAUCAAACGGGACUCCAAACAAAAAAUUGACCUGGCCAAAGCACCUGCCGACGAUGUUUUUCAAAACCUCGACGACGUUCUAGUACAUUUGAACAGCGUCUUUAGCAAACAAGAUGAAAAAUUAUGUUGACCCGAUGACCCAAGACAAUUUUUCAGUGUUUGUUAGGUAUCUGCAAUUGAUUUUAUUCCGUUUUUAGCAUGCAGAAGUUUUUCUGUAUUAUAGAAACAUGACAGCGUAUUGAAUUGCCUUUAUAUCGGAGUAAUAAGUUCCCUUGACGAUGUUAGGUAAUUCAGAUGUGUCUACAGGUAACUGUUACGUAUAAUAAUUUUCCUGAAAUACUUUGCACGGGUCUUGAAGAAAAUAUUCAGUAGAUGGAGUACUGAAAAUAAUCUUGUUAUAACCGAUUGAUUCUAAGAUAGUUUAAAAUAUAUUGUAAGUAAAAUGUAAA